AUGGAGCAGGCGAUUUGGAAAGGCGAUGGCGAUGCUCUACAUCGCAUUCAGAAAGAGCUACAGUCCUUAAAGGCAUGGGGGCCUCAGCGCUUCUCGUCUGCGGUGCAGGCAGUGGAGCAAAGGCAGAGUGAAGAGGCAGGGGUGAGCGUGAAAUACUUGCUCUCAGCCGAGUUCGCGCUGCUGGCGCAAGCUCGCAGCAAGUUGGAGGAUCCGAAUUUCUACGAUCUCAAGGACGCCUUUUUCCUAUCUGCUGAUCCUAUAGGAAUUGGCAGUGAUAAAAUUUGCCCGCGCGAUGGUAAGCUUGGAUGUGCUUUGGUGGACGUGCUGGAUCGCUGCCACCGCAGGGCAUGUACGCAUUUCUUGUCGUGGACCUGGGGCUAUUCUUUGAACCUCGUGCGCAGCUCGAUGAGGGCAUGGAUUGACCAAAGAAAGAUCGAUCCGAACAACAUCUUUCUGUACAUGUGCUUCUUUGUCAACAACCAGUAUAGAAUUUUGCUGGAUCAGAAUGGAGCUGGCAGCAGGAACUCCAGUCUGAAAGAUGUUUUUGGUGAACACUUGCAGCGUGUUGGCCACAUGGUCGCGCUCUUCGACCACUGGGAUCAGCCAGCGUAUUUAUCGCGAAUCUGGACGAUAUACGAGCAAUACACCGCGGUUAUGUUGGAGAUCGAGGUGACAUUUAUUCUGCCAGAGGUGUCUGGGGAUAGCUUGCUCCAGGAGAUCCGCAAAGGGGAGGAGGGCAUUGUUCGGGUGCGGGACUCCCUUUGCAAUGUUGAUGCCGAGAUUGCCCGUGCAUGGUGUUUGGAAGACGAAGUGCAAGUCAAAAGCAUGAUAUCGGACAGCAUCGGCUUCGAAAUGGUGAAUGCGAAGGUGCAGGAGCUUAUGAUUGCUUGGGUGGCCACGAUGGUCAAGGACUAUUUGGGCGGACUUGUCGUGACUGGUUCUCGUCGCUUGAAGCGAUCCGGGGCACAGACCCAGCUGCUUUCAAGCGGCACGCGGCUUGGCGAAAACUGA